CUCUGCUUCUGCUCCACAGAGAGUUGCGCUCCGUCUGCUCUGAGUGUGUGGCUCCGGUAUGGCAGGUGAAGAUGGAAAGGGAUGCAGGUCACCUGAAACUGUGGCAGUCAUAUUAGUCCUGUGCACUUUGGUGCAAAGUUUCUCUUGUUUUAGCUUCUUUGGCUUGAGUGAAAAAGGAAAGCAGGAAAAUGAAGUAAUUGAGGCCACAGUGAUAAAUGUGAGAACUGGAAGAAUUGUCUUUGGUGGAAAAAAGCUGAACUUCAAGUCUGAGUCGGCCUCUGCUGCUGCUACAGAAAAAAAUGGACUGGUGCCUGUUGAAUCCAGUAAAUCAGAUGGCACAGGGAUGCUGGAGCGGACAACACUCCUGGAGGAAAACAUGACUAAUGAAGUAGCAUGGCAGCACUUAAAUCCUUCUCUGCAAUGUGGUCAAAAGAAAAUGAAGUUCAGAGCCAUGGGACCUGGAGCUGCUGACUUACAGCUCAACAUGGGCAAUGCCUCCCCCAUGCCUCUGAUACAAGUACCUAAAACCUGUGGCUACUUCAUAAAACAAAAUGCUCUGGGCCUUGUACUGGUAGUUCCGUUUAAUGGCUGUAAUGUUAUACAAAAGGAUGGACAUUACAUGUUGCCAGUGACUUGGCACGACACUCCAGUCACAUUCACCUGCCCUGAGCCAACUUCUGCUUCACCACCUGCUAACCCCAAAUCUCUUCAAAAGCCCCAGACACUUCGCUCCCCUCUCAAACCCUCAAGCCUGAAUCGUUUUAAACGGCACACAAACUAUCCCCUGUCUAUGUAUGACCCAUAUUCAUAUUUUCAUCACUACUAUAGCAUGUACAUGACGACGACUCCGGCUCCAACUACUACCACCGCCAAGCCUGACACAACCACAGCAACAACUACUGCCCCCACAAAGACAACUAAGCCAUCUGCUGCCUAUCCUUACUACUACCCCUACUACCCUUAUUACCCGUACUAUCCGUACUAUCCUCUCCCACGUCCCCCAGUGACAACCACUGCACCACCGACUUCUGCACUGCCAACCACCAUCACUGGACCUACCACCACUGUAUCAGCAACAACCACCAAGACUACUGUCAAACCACCACCUCCCUAUUACCCACCAUAUUUUCCUUACUAUCCCUACUACCCACCACCCGGACAUCCUUUGCCCCAACUCCCUAAUAAUGCAGACAUUUACUAUUACCCUUUAAUCCAACACUUCUACGGAAACCCCCCAGGCAUUCAAACAACUAAGCCACCAACUACAACUGCCAAACCAGGUUUGACUUCCACACAGAGUGCUGCUACAACGACGAAGAAGCCUACAACGACGAAGAAGCCUACAACGACGAAGAAGCCUACAACGACGAAGAAGCCUACUACUACGAAGAAGCCUACUACUACAAAGAAGCCUACUACUACGAAGAAGCCUACUACUACGAAGAAGCCUACUACUGCCUCCCCUACAACUGCUCAAACCACAAAGCCUGGCUCAGGCACCUAUCCGGGUCCAAUGAGUCCAUUCGUGCCUUACUACUUGAACCCCUUCCAGCCGUAUGUUUCAUAUAAAUCCAAAAAGGCAGGCAAAUACCCAGAUGAUCUGAAGUUGAUGCCUCAUACUAGCUACAAAUCUGGACCCCAGCCUCGUGCAAAUCCACACCCGGGCUUCAACUACUGGGAACCUGUGCCCUGGUAUCCCCACUCAACAGGCCAAAUCAACCCUCUGUUACAGUAGGAAAAGUCUUAGCUGAAAGAGAACCAACUUCAAAGGAUCUGGUGUCUACUAUACUGUGCAUUCAAUAAACAUUUUAAUCAAUA